GUUUUGUAUUUUAUGAUUGACUUCGCAUACAACCAAUCAUCGUAUUCUCUUUUCUGCAUUCCAUGUAGUUGCUGUGAAGGGCACACACUCACGGAGCUGAAGCCGAAGGAGUCGAACUUGGCAAGUUAAGAACCGGAAUAAUGGCAGGACACGACGCAGGAUCCCAGCAUCAGUUCACUGGUUUCCAGAAAUAUUUCAAUGCCUACACCAUAACGGGCAGGAGGAACUGUGUACUAGCGACAUAUGCCGGCAUUGCUGCCAUCGUCCUGUUCUUUAAACUGAAGCCAAAGAAACAGACCCCAGCAAUUACUGCAAAAUAAUUCAUGGUUCCAGUUAUGCUCUGGUAUGCAGAGUGAGUCACGUUUGUUUGCAUCAUCAACACUGCAGCUGAAUUCUUAAGUUAUCAAUGUUGAAAAAAUAAAGAAUAUGAAAUUCAAAUAUAGAAA